AUUAGACUUUAUGCUUUACUAAGGCAAUUACCAGCUCAAUUCAAUUUUUGAGUCCCUGACCAGUCAGCACUCACUUUUAGAAGUGACACUGAAAUGGCGAUGGCUACACGGCAGCGACGGCCGCCGACGCCAACGGAUCUAUCGGAACCGGUGCCGUAUUCGAAGCUAGACAAGCCGGAGAAGUCGAACUCGAAGGAUGCUGAGGAGAGAGGGGUUGGCUGGUUUCUGCCGAUCGUGUGCUUAGGGCUACUGAGGUAUAUGAGCGCUACAACGAACAUAAUACAUGACUGCGAUGAGACCUUCAAUUAUUGGGAGCCUCUUCACUACCUCCUCUACAAGUCUGGCUUCCAAACAUGGGAAUACAGUUCACAGUUUGCAUUGAGGUCGUAUCUGUAUAUUCUAUUUCACAAUUUAGUGGGUUUACCAGCUUCCUGGUGGUUCGGCGAGGAGAAAGUUAGAGUAUUUUACUCUGUAAGAAUAUUUCUUGGCCUUUUAUCUGUCAUCACAGAGGCUGCUCUUGUUGUGGCCCUUUCCCGGAAGUAUGGAAAACGCCUUGCUUCAUAUACACUUGCCAUGCUAUGUUUAACCAGCGGCUGCUUCUUUGCUAGUACAAGUUUCCUUCCUAGCUCGUUCUCUAUGUAUGCCAUGUCUCUUUCAUCAGCAUUAUUUCUUUUUGAGAAGCCUGCCAUGGCUGUUGCUGUUGCAGCAACUGGAGUUAUUGUAGGCUGGCCUUUUUCGGUGUUAGCAUUUCUUCCAAUCACACUAUACUCGUUGAUUAGAAGAUUCCGGCAAGUAUUUCUUACUGGGGUUAUCACUUCUACUGUCGUUGUGGUUUUCUCUAUACUUGUUGACCAUUUUUACUACAAAAAGUGGACAUCUUCUGUUGUGAAUUUAUUGUUGUACAAUGCCCUAGGGGGUGGGCAAAGUCAUCUCUAUGGUACUGAAGGGCCAUUGUUUUACCUGAGGAAUGGCUUUAAUAAUUUCAACAUUGGCUUUGUACUCGCUCUACUAUUCAUUGGCAUAUUUCCCAUUGCUAAAAAGAAGUAUGACCGUGAGUUGUUGGUUGUCAUUUCACCUGUGUAUAUCUGGCUUGCUUUUAUGUCAUUACAGUCACACAAAGAAGAAAGGUUCUUAUACCCAAUUUAUCCACUUAUUUGCAUUGCUGCUUCAGCUGUGAUUGAGAGCUUUCCUGACUUAUUCCGCGAUAAGUAUAAUCCUUAUGACCCAAAUGUGCUUGUUGUGGUUUCGAAGUUUCUAAGACCUGUGGCUCUUGGCCUAAUUUUAUGUGCCUCCCAUGCUAGGACUUUCUCUCUGAUUAAUGGUUAUUCUGCUCCAUUAGAAAUAUACAAACAUUUGGAUUAUCAUGAUGAUGUUGGAGCAGGGGCAACCCUUUGUGUUGGAAGUGAGUGGCAUCGCUUCCCCACAUCCUUUUUGGUUCCUGAGUAUGUGGACAAAGUACGUUGGUUGGAUGAUGGAUUCAAGGGUCUUCUGCCAUUGCCAUUUAAUACUAGUUUGGGUGGGACUUCUGCAGCACCAACUUAUUUCAACAAUAAGAACAAGGCUUCGGACAACCAAUAUAUCACCAAUCCUGAUGAGUGUACCUUCCUAAUAGAGCUGCAGUUGCAACGACCUCAUUUGACCCGAGGAAGCGAUUCUUCAAAAUGGGAGGUUGUUGCAGCCUUUCCUUAUUUGGAUAGAGAACUAUCACCGCCCUUAUACCGAUCAUUCUUUAUUCCAUAUCGUUGGCAGCAAAUGAAUGUCUUUGGCCUAUACAAGCUACUUAGAAGAAUAGGGAAUUGAAAGUAGGUUAAGAAGCUGGACUAUUCGGAUAGAGAUCAGCUAACAUUAGACUAUUAGAGGCAUGCUAUUUCUUACCUGACUAAGUUGCUACUCAGUACUAUACUUCGGCAGCGACUGGCCAACUGAUCCAUCUUUACCCAAUACUAAUGCUUCUUUAUUGCGACUUUCUUUUCUGUAUUUUGUUAUGCAUUACUCUGAAGUUAGGACAUCUGUGACCUGUGACCUAUUGGCACUCAUUUCCUAUUGGCACUCAAAAUCUGUGACCUGUGACCUGUGACCAGUGACCUGUAUUUUGUCAUACUUCUCGGUCUCUUUUGAUCAUCAUACUUAUUUAAAAGUUAAUUAUAUUCCCUUUUCUUUUAAGUAAAGC